AUGGAAGUAAAGCAAGAAGCAUCUGACAUGGAUUUUACCACUGAAGGCAGGCUGGGAACACGGUGUCUGCUUCUGUCACUUCUGCUCCUGGCAGCCUGGGAAGCUGGGAGUGGCCAGCUCCACUACUCCGUCCCCGAGGAGGCCAAACACGGAACCUUCGUGGGCCGCAUCGCUCAGGACCUGGGGCUGGAGCUGGCGGAGCUGGUGCCCCGCCUGUUCAGGGUGGCGUCCAAGGACCGCGGGGACCUUCUGGAGGUAAAUCUGCAGAAUGGCAUUUUGUUUGUGAAUUCUCGGAUCGACCGGGAGGCGCUGUGCGGGAGGAGCGCGGAGUGUAGCAUCCACCUGGAGGUGAUCGUGGACCGGCCGCUGCAGGUUUUCCACGUGGAGGUGGAGGUGAAGGAUAUUAAUGAUAACCCUCCUGUGUUCUCGGUAAAGGAGCAAAGAAUGUUAAUUUAUGAAUCCAGGCUGCCAGAUUCCUUGUUUCCACUAGAGGGCGCAUCUGAUGCUGAUGUUGGAUCAAAUUCUAUCUUAAUCUAUAAACUCAGUCCCAGUGAAUACUUUGGGCUAGAUGUGAAAACAGACAGUGAUGGUAACAAACAAAUUGGACUCUCGUUGAGAAAAUCCUUGGACAGAGAGGAUGCUCCUGAGCAUAAGCUGCUCCUGACAGCCACGGACGGAGGCAAACCUGAGCUCACAGGCUCUGUUCAGCUGCUGGUCACUGUGCUGGAUGUGAACGAUAACGCCCCUACUUUCCAGCAGUCUGAAUAUGAAGUGAGAAUAUUGGAAAACUCACACAACGGAACGACGGUUAUUAGACUGAACGCUUCUGACAGGGACGAAGGAACCAAUUCAGCAAUUUCUUACUCUUUUAAUAGGCUGGUGCCGCCCAUGGUUCUUGAGCAGUUUAACAUAGAUACAGAUACAGGAGAGAUCAUAAUUCAAGGGAACUUGGAUUUUGAACAAGUCGAUGUCUACAAAAUCCGCGUUGACGCGACGGACAAAGGACACCCUCCGAUGGCGGGUCAUUGCACUGUUCUAGUGAAGGUAUUGGAUGAAAAUGACAAUGUGCCUCAGAUCACAUUGACUUCCUUAUCGCUGCCUGUUCGAGAGGACGCUGCACUGGGUACGGUCAUUGCUCUAAUUAGUGUUUCAGACCUGGACUCUGGAGCCAACGGGCAGGUGACCUGCUCCCUGACUCCUCAUGUCCCCUUCAAGCUGGUGUCCACCUUCAAGAAUUACUAUUCGCUCGUGCUGGACAGCGCCCUGGACAGAGAGACCACAGCUGACUAUAAGGUGGUGGUGACUGCCCGGGACGGGGGCUCGCCCUCACUGUGGGCCACAGCCAGCGUGUCCGUGGAAGUAGCUGAUGUGAACGACAAUGCACCCGCGUUCGCACAGCCCGAAUACACGGUGUUCGUGAAGGAGAACAACCCGCCUGGCGCGCACAUCUUCACGGUGUCGGCCAUGGACGCGGAUGCGCAGGAGAACGCCCUGGUGACCUACUCGCUGGUGGAGAGGCGGGUGGGCGAGCGCUCGCUGUCGAGCUUCGUGUCUGUGCACGCGGAGAGCGGCAAGGUGUUCGCGCUGCAGCCCCUGGACCAUGAGGAGCUGGAGCUGCUGCAGUUCCAGGUGAGCGCGCGGGAUGCUGGUGUGCCUUCCCUGGGCAGCAAUGUGACUCUGCAGGUGUUUGUGCUGGACGAGAACGACAACGCACCCACGCUGCUAGGACCUUGGACGCAAGGAUCCGGUGGUGUAGUGAGCGAGCUUGUGUCCCCCUUAGUGGUUCCCGGCCAAGUUGUCACUAAGGUGCGCGCAGUAGAUGCAGACUCUGGCUACAAUGCGUGGCUGUCUUAUGAACUGCAUCCUUUAACCGGUGGAACGCGGAGUCUGUUCCGGGUUGGUCUGUACACAGGCGAGAUAAGUACUACACGAACCCUGGAGGAGGCGGAUGCUCCGCGCCAUCGCCUAUUAGUGCUGGUGAAGGACCAUGGGGAACCUGCGCUGACAGCCACUGCCACCGUGUUAGUAUCUCUGGUUGAGAACAGCCAAACUCCAAAAGCCUCUUCGCGGGCGUCAGGCUCCACUGGCCGGGAAAUAUCUUUAGUGAACGUUAAUGUGUACUUGAUCAUUGCUAUCUGCGCGGUGUCCAGCCUGCUAGUUCUAACCCUCAUGAUAUACACUGCACUUCGGUGCUCAGUGCCGCCCACAGACGGCGGGUGCGGGUCUGGGAAGCCCAUGCUGGUGUGCUCCAGCGCGGUGGGGACCUGGUCAUACUCACAGCAGAGGAGACAGAGGUGUGCUCUGGAGAGGGACCACCCAAAACCGACCUCAUGGCCUUCAGCCCGGGUCUUCCUCCUUGUCCUGUAG